AUGGAUUGCAGAUUUGUUUUGGUCGGUCGUUUUCUGGCCUUUCUUCUUCUGUUCGUCCAGUGUGGGUUCCUGACAGCCUUUCCUGUCUGGUAUAAGGAUGAUUUUCGCCUGAUGCCCUUGCUACUGCUAUUUUCUCCCACUCUGGUUUACUAUGUCUUUUGUUUGGCUACUGCAACAAAACUCCAUAAAGUGUUCCGUACGUGGGGUCUUUACGUUUUUUUCGGUUUGAUCCCUUACAUCGUUAUCAUUUUUGCAUUGUGUGGAGACGUACUCGACAAGAAUAAUUUUCUCAGCCCGACCUGUUUGAAAGUGAUCCUUUGCAUCACCCCUGUUGUCUUUCUCAUUCUGGUGAAUACAGCGAGUGAUUUGGGUGAACAUGAAAAGUAUACAACCCUGGUCUGGUCGCUGUCAAUCGUGACAACAAUAGAUCUAGUCGAUGGCGUCGAGAUGUUGGAUAUUGUGGUCGAUGAGAGAGAGAACAGUCACGGAAUCCCAAAAGAGUUUGGAUAUGCGAUUGUAGCAGUGGCGUGCGGGAGCUUUCUGUUGACUCUGCUGCAAAUUGCGCAGAAUAAACUCAAAGAAGGGACCGUUUCCCCUCGCAAAGGAGUGAUAAUCCUCGCAAAUGUUUUGCAAAUCAUCUUCGUAAAUUUGGCGUUCAUGGUAAUGCGACUGGUGGUUAUUAUAAAGUACAACAAAGAUGAGAAUGAGUCCCUCUUCAUCAUGAAGAAUGUGAUCUUCAUCUUUCUCUCAGCAAUGCAGAUCUACUGGAUCCGACAGAGCUAAUUUGAGUAUGUGAAAUUAACUGAACAGAGAGACGUAUUCGAUUUGAAAUUGCAUCUAAGGAAAGGAAACUGAGACUUUUUAAGGAGGAUGUAUUUCGACGAUUAUCAACAGCCGCUUGAUAAGUUUGAAACUGAAAGUACGAUCACACCUCAUCAUUAAAACAAGAUAUCUCUCGGGUCUUUCAAACCAUCAUCAGCUAUCAGUCCAACUUUUUUUGACAGAGUCGAAUUUUAGCAAAUAAUAGUUUUUUUUCCGGAAGGAAAACGAAAAUAAAAAGGUUUUAGAAAUUGUAAGCAUUGCCUACCUCGUUCAUGAUCUUUGCACGAUAGUUAUUUUAAUGUUCAAUGUUCAAAGGCAGUAAUGAAACGGAACGAAAUGAAAUAUUGUGAAUAAAAUUAAGGGAUGACACUCCGAUUUAGCUGCAGGUGACAGCGCCUUACACACAAUUAAAACAGAAGUAUUGUACAAAAUAGUGCUGACGAGGCAAGAGGGUCUCAUUCAUCAGUUUGGGACCUGUUUAUGUUACUGCAACAUUUGUGUUUGUGAGAAGAUUUCUCUUUGCGAAGUAUUAUUUAUUUUAAAUGGUUAAGAAUAUAUGAAAGUCAUAUAUUUGAACUGCGGAUAAAGACGUGAAUGAAAGUGAUCCUCGCAGUAAUUUGCACUACUUAGGCAGUAGUGAAAAUAAGGCCUGAAAAAAAUUCAGGCCUGUACGGGAUUUGAACCCAUGACCUCUGCGAUACCGGUGCAGCGCUCUACCAACUGAGCUAACAAGUCAACUGGGAGCUGGUCAUGAAGUUGGUUCUAAAUGAACCCGUGAAGUGAUGAAUAAAUGGUUAAGAAUAUAUGAAAGUCAUAUAUUUGAACUGCGGAUAAAGACGUGAAUGAAAGUGAUCCUCGCAGUAAUUUGCACUACUUAGGCAGUAGUGAAAAUAAGGCCUGAAAAAAAAUUCAGGCCUGUACGGGAUUUGAACCCAUGACCUCUGCGAUAUCGGUGCAGCGCUCUACCAACUGAGCUAACAAGCCAACUGGGAGCUGGUCAUGAAGUUGGUUCUAAAUAAACCCGUGAAGUGAUGAAUAAAUGGUUAAGAAUAUAUGAAAGUCAUAUAUUUUCACAUUAUUUAUUUUGCCGCUCAAAAAUUGUACUUUCUGUUUUUGGAGGUGUAACGAGUUAGUAUUUGCUCUAAUUGUAAAUAAACACAAUUGCGUUGAAAAAGCUUCGGUGUUGUUGUUAGACUCUCAUGAUCUGUCGAUCAAAACAGUUUUCAGUCCUUCUUGUUAGACCAAAUUGAUCAUAUUAUGCAAGCUGAACGUUAUUCACAAGGCAAAACAACCACCCCCCCCAAAAAAAGAAAAAUUUCUAAGAUUUAAGAGGAGUCGUUGGAAAUUAUUUUCAUAAUGUCACACGUUUUGUUAUCUUUCACCUAGAUCCUUCUAAUUAUCAGACAGCUUUUCGGGGAAUCCCCUGAAAGUGGCCAUCAGCAAACAAAUUCCUCAGAAAAAUAAGCCUGGUGCAACUUUGACAAAUUUAUCGGAUAUGUUACAGUGAGAGAAAAUAUUAGAAAAUGAAGUUCAAGAGAAUAAAAGAAAAAACUGCAAAUGAAAUUUAUAUAAAUACUCUAAGAAGAACGAACUUGAAGUAAUCAAAGAUGGCUUCAUCGUCAUGACGCAAUCCAUGCAAAUGAGUGGUGUUCGGGGAAUCCCCUAACUAUUGUUGUGCAACAUUUUACAUAAAAAAAUCCAUAUGUCACCUGGCAAGGUUUCUCAGAGAUGGUUAUCUUGAUAGGUUCAGAUUUUUAGCGAAUUAAUUUUUCUUGCUUAAACCUCGUUAGCAUAAAAUUUUUAGACCUUUUUUUAAUUGAGAUAUAAAAAAAAAAGAAAGAAAGAAAAAAAGAAACAGAUCCGCGUAUUAAAGAAGGUACAUAGGAAUAUCAAGUCUCCAGCAGCGACCAAAUUACGUAUGCAAUGCUUCUGGAAUAUUCGGGUAAUUCCCUUUCGCAUCAUUUGAUCAAGAUCGCUGUGGCGUUACCACAUUGGCUACUAAAUUUCCAUACAAAUAUACGGUAUCAGUUCCUAUUGCAGUAGUCAGCACAAUUUGCUUCUUUCAGUUUUAGAAAGCUUUUAAACUAUAUAGCCUUCGACGAGAACAGCACCCUUUUAAAGAGAAAAGCGAAGCAUGGAUUGCGGAUUGGUUUUGGUCGGUCGUUUUCUAGCCGUUCUUCUUCUGUGCGUCCAAAUGGGGUUCCUGACAGCUUUUCCUGUCUGUUACAGGGAUGAUAAACGUCUGAUAUCCUUGGUACUGUUAUUUUUUCCUUCCUUGAUUUACUAUGGGAUUUGUCUGGCUACUGGUGGAAAACUCCGUAAAGUUUUCCGCAUGUGGGGUCUCUAUAUUAUUUGCAGUUUGAUCCCUUACAUCGCCAUCAUUUUUGCGUUGUGCGGAGACGUACUCGACAAGAACAAUUUCCUCAGCCCGACCUGUUUGAAAGUGAUCCUGUGCAUCACGCCUGUUGCCUUUCUCAUUCUGGUGAAUACAGCGAGCGAUUUGGGCAAACACGAAGACUACAAAACCCUGGCGUGGACGCUGUCAGUAGUGAUAACAAUAGAUCUUGUCGAUAGCGUCGAGAUGUUGGAUAUUGUGCUCGAUGAGAGAGAACAGUCACGGAAUCCCAAAAGAGUUUGGAUAUGCGAUGAUAGCAGCGGCGUGCGUAAGCUUUCUGUUGACUUUGCUGCAAAUUGCGGAGAAUGAACUCAAAAACGGAACCGUCUCUCUUCGCAAUGCAGUGGCGAUUCUCGCAAAUGUUUUGCAGAUUAUUUUCGUGAAUUUGCCUUUCAUGGUAAUGCGACUUGUUGUUAUUGUCAAGUACAACAAAGAUGAUAAUGAGACCAUCUUCAUCACAAAGAAUCUGAUCGCCAUCUUUCUCUCCGUGAUGCAGAUCUACUGGAUCCGAAACAGCUAAUUCUGUGAAAAGUAAUAUUUAUUUUGCCGCUCUAAACAUCGUACUUUCUGUUUUUGGAGAUGUAACAAGUUGGUAUUUUUAAACUCUGAAGCCUUGUUCUUACAGUUAAUAACAAUAAUUACGCAGAAAAGCUUCGGGGUUGUUGUUAGACUCUCAUGACCUGUCGACCAAAACAGUUACAAUCCUGACAGUCAGACCAAAUUGAUCACAUUAUGGUAACUGAACGUCAUUCACUAAGCAAAGUAACCCCUCAAAAAUUUCAAGAUCGAUUUGAGAAAAGUCGUUGCAAACUAUUUUCACAAUGUCGCACGUUUUGUUAUCUUUCACCUAGAUCCUUCUAAUUAUCAGACAGCUUUUCGGGGAAUCCCUUGAAACUGACCUAUUAGCAAACAAAUUCCUCAGAAAGUAAGCCUGGUGCAGCUUUGACAAAUUUGUGGGAAAUGUUACAUUGAGAGAAAAUAUUAAAAAAUGAAGUUCAAGAGAAUAAAAGAGAAAAUUGCUAAUGAAAUUUAUAUAAAUACUCUAAGAAGAACGAAUUUGAAGUAAUUAAAGAUGGCUUCAUUGUCAUGACGCAAUCUGUGGAAAUGAGUGGUGUUCGGGGAAUCCCCUAAUCAUUGUUAUGCGACAUUUUUCUUAGAAACUCCAUAUAUCACCUUGCAAGGUUUCUCGGAAAUGGUUAUUUUGACAGGUUCAGAUUUUCAGCGAAUUAAUUUUUCUUUCUAAAACCUCGUUAGUUCAAAAUCUUUAGACUUUUUUUAAUUAUGAGUAAAAAAAAAAGAGAAAAAAAAAGAAAAAAAGAGAACCGCAGAUUAGAGAAACUACAUAAGAAUAUCAAGUCUCCAGCGGCGACAAAUUACGGAUGCUAUGUCUGAGCAUGUGAGCUUCUGGAAUAUUCGGGUAAUUCCCUUUACCAUCAUUUAUUUGUUCAAGAUCGUUGUGGCGUUAUAUCAUUCGCUACCAAAUAUUUCAUAAAAAUAUACGGUAUCUAUUCCUAUUGCAUUAGUCAGCACAAUUUGCUUCUUCCAGUUUUAGAAAGCUUUCAUACAUAUAACUAUGGCUUCGUUUUUAACAUGUUUCGGGAGAUUCGCUUUCUUCGGUCUGAUAACUACACAGUGCUUUAUUCUAUCUGCUUAUCUCGCGAAGUAUGAAGACAGUUCCAAGUGGUAUCUCACAGCCAUUUCCUUUGGCCCGGCAAUUUUUGUCUGGAUUCUUCUUCUACUUUUCAAAGCGCUGUACCUUAGCUGUCUCUUUCGAAUUUGGGGUCUGUAUAUUGUGGCUUUGGUUGUAAACAUCGCAAUGGUAUUUGGAAAAGUCGGAGAUAGAAUUGACAAGAACGAGCUUUUAGGACCAAAUGCACUGAAGGUGUUUCUGUGCAUUACACCACUUCUGCUACUACUGUUGCUAAACACAGGCGAUCACGAUGAUUCAGACGAAAAUGAGGAAGAAAGAGAGAUUGUUUCUAAGUUGUGUUUUCCCAUGGCCGUCGAUCUGUUCGAUGGAAUCGAGAUGAUAGAUAUCGUGUUAGAAGAAAGAGAGCACGACUUUGGAAUACCCAAAGCAUUCAGUACAGCAAUGAUCGUGUUGGCUUGCCUCAGCAUGUUGGUAUCUCCCUGGCAAAUGGCAGAAAACAAACUCACUAAAGAUGGGCCAAAAAUUCGCUUCCGUACCGCAUUAUACCGCAGUAUUGUUCAAAUAGUUUUCGUUAAUCUACCAUUCUUGGUUAUUCGUGCGGUGGUGUUCUUUAUGUUUGGCAAAGACGAGACCAUCUUCAUUGCUAAGAAUGGCAUAGCAAUAGUACUUUCCAUUUUGGAAAUUCGUAAUCUUCUCCGUUUACGUCGGGUUGAACAAGAAGACCAAGCAGUUUAG